GGCGCCCCAGGGGUAGCUCCUCCCAUGUGCUAUAUCCGGUUAGUGCUCUCACUAUUCGGCCUCACUCACCGCGUGUUACAGGAGAGAGAGAGGACAUGGCGGACGGGGAGGGUUCCAAAAAGAAGGCGAAAAAGCGUCGCAGUCAGAUUCUCGGAGCAGAGGACGUGGCAGAUAUUCAACAUGAGGGAGACUUUCUAAUCAAACCUGAAUCUAAAGUGGCUCAGCUAGACACAUCUCAAUGGCCUUUACUUCUCAAGAACUUUGAUAAAUUAAACAUCCGAACAGCUCAUUACACUCCUAUUCCAUCUGGUUCCAACCCACUGAAAAGAGAGAUUUCUGAAUAUAUUAAAACAGGGUUUAUUAACUUGGAUAAACCUGCUAAUCCUUCAUCACAUGAGGUUGUAGCAUGGAUAAGGCGUAUUUUAAGAUCGGAGAAAACUGGUCACAGUGGGACCCUGGAUCCGAAAGUAACAGGCUGUUUGAUUGUCUGCAUUGAUCGCGCAACACGACUUGUAAAGUCGCAACAGAGUGCAGGGAAAGAGUAUGUGGGAAUUGUACGGUUGCACAAUGCGUUGGAGAACGAACUACAACUUUCACGGGCUUUGGAGACACUCACUGGUGCAUUAUUCCAGCGUCCACCUUUAAUAGCUGCUGUUAAGAGGCAGUUGCGUGUAAGAACAAUCUACGAGAGCAAACUAAUAGAAUAUGACCCUGAACGUCGGCUAGGUAUAUUUUGGGUAAGCUGUGAGGCUGGUACAUAUAUCCGGACUCUGUGUGUUCACAUUGGCUUGCUGCUGGGGGUUGGAGGUCAAAUGCAGGAGCUACGUCGUGUUCGCUCUGGUGUCCUAGGAGAGAAGGAUAACCUUGUCACAAUGCAUGAUGUUCUGGACGCGCAGUGGCAGUUUGAUAACAAUAAGGAUGAAAGUUACUUACGCAGAGUCAUCUUUCCACUAGAGAAACUUCUAGUGUCUCACAAAAGACUUGUCAUGAAGGAUAGUGCAGUCAAUGCUAUUUGUUACGGUGCAAAAAUCAUGCUGCCGGGGCUGCUCAGAUAUGAGGAUGGGAUAGAACUAAAUCAAGAGAUUGUGGUGAUAACUACAAAAGGAGAAGCAAUCUGUAUUGCCGUAGCCCUUAUGACAACUGCAGUGAUAUCUACAUGUGAUCAUGGAGUUGUGGCAAAGAUUAAACGUGUCAUUAUGGAGAGGGAUACUUAUCCACGCAAAUGGGGACUUGGUCCUAAAGCUAGUCAGAAGAAGAUGAUGAUUCAGAAAGGCUUGUUAGACAAGCAUGGCAAACCUAAUGAGAGCACACCUUCAGGUUGGAAGCAGGAAUAUGUUGAUUACAGUGCUACACCAAAAAUCCAGCAAGCAGCAGAUGCUCCAAAGAGGAAGCAUGUAAGUGAAACAGAUAGCGAUUCUGCAGAACCUUCUACACUAAAGAAAAAAAAGAAAAAGCUUGAAAGUGAAGACAAGGAAGAACAUGUAGAUAAUGCAGACAGUGAUGCUGCAACUCCUGUCAAAUCCAGCAAGAAGAAGAAAAAAAAGGACAAAGGUGGCGACACAGAGAAUGAAACGGCUGCACACUCAGAAAAAAGCAAAGAAAUGGAGACUGCAGGUUCUGAUGAGGGAGAGACCGUUCUAAAAACAAAGAAGAAGAAGAAAAAAGACAAAACUGAAGAAAGGGAAUCUCCUGCAGAAGAGACUGAGCAGGCAUCUGAAAGUGUCAAAAAGAAGAAAAAGAAGAAAAAGGAAACUGCUGAUUAGUGCCCUCUCUACUAUAGGGAGGAAAAGCAACAUACAACAUGGUCCUGUUCAGUGACUGAUAAAACUGGUCUUUCAUAUACAGCAGUCUGUCCUGUUUUAAGGGCAAUGUAAAAGCUUUGAGUUCCUGUGUAUAUAAAUGCUUGGCCACUUGAAAAGCCAGCCUCUUUUCCUUUUUGAAUAAACAUUUCUUUCUUUUAAA